UCGACCGUCGCCGCGCGCAGCCGAUGCCACGCGCGUAAAAAAAAAACAAAUUCUCUAUGAAUUUUCCCGCCCGAUUUUGAGUGACGUUUUGAUUUUUUAAUUUCGAAAGCGUUCGAGGAGACUGUUAAACUUUGGUGAUUAAGUGCCUUGUUGGAUUAGUGGACUGUGUUGUGUGAUGACUGGUUGUGCACCAUGAGAGGCUUAUGGUUGUUUUUGUUGCUGGCGCAUACGGUUUGCGCCAUCACCGGACCUAGGAUAGAAAAUGACUUCGACAGAAGAAGACAAACGACGCUCGGGCACCCCGGCUUCAACGAGCACCAGACCAGAUUCGGCCUCAACUCGCCGCUCCAGAACUUCCAGCAGGGAGGCCUGAUCAGCACCCCGGCCCCGACCCUCCAGUUUCAACAACCCUCACAAUCCCUCUUCCAGCAGCCAUAUGUCCCACAAUUCAACAAUAUCAUACCCACCAACAUCCCUAAUAACGCGCAAAACCUCCCCCUAGGCAACAAUGGAUUCUUCAACCAAGCACCCACCCUCCCGAUCCAAAAUACCUUCCAACAACAAAACUUGCCGCCGUUACCCCAAAAUAACAUCUUGCAACAACAACCGACCCUUUCCACCUUCCAGAAUAGCUUACCUCUCCAGCAAAAUACCGGUUUUAACAACCCCCUGCAAGGAAACACUGUGAACAUCGGACAACAGAGGCCGACUCAAGCGGCUUUCCUGCCAACUCUGCCUCCUACUCAGAGCCAGUCGUUCCAACAAAGCCCUAUUACUAUCCAACAAGCUCCUAAUCUUGCUCCACAGAAUCUUAACCUUAAUAAUGCCCAGAUUCCCUUCCAAUCAUCUCUAGGCCAGGCCCCAAUCUUUUCAAACGGCCAAACGUCUCAAAUCCAAAACUUUUUCGAACAACAAUCACAAGAGAAUCUCGAGAAACUGAAGGAACUCCAAGAGCGACAGCGAAUCAUUCAGAAACACCAAGAAUUUGUACAAAAGCAACAGCAAAAGCAACAGGAAAAAGUAGAAAAACUUCAUGAAGAAUUCGUGAGCAAACAGGCAACAAAGACGUUGCCCACUUUUUCGACCACGGAACGCUACGAAGAUUUCUACAAUAGAAAUCAGGAAAAGCGCAGACCUAUUCUCGCGCAUGAGACGGAUUUAUUUAGGAAAGCUGUCGAAAUGUACGAGAAACAGCACCCGACUACCACCACCUCCACAACAACAACUACCACUACCACCACCCCGGCGCCCUCUCGGUACAGGACCAGAGCUAAACCUCAGACUAAAACAAGAGCUCCACCCCAAGAUAGGGACAAGCAGAAACUUUACAACGAAAUCAAAAAUCUAUUGGAAGAAAGCGAAACCAAAGGCUUUGACGACAGCUUGAGAGCUAAAAGUGUAGCACUGCUUCAAAAACCUGACAUCUUGAAACAACUAAAAGUUGCUUUAGCUGAGAACCCGGAAGACUUCAGUGAGAAAAACUUUACGUCACGGGAGAUAUCUUUGAACGGCCAGAAAUUCGAAGUGAUAAGAACGACCAACCCUAACCUGAUUCCUAAAGGCGCGAUAGCUGCUGAUGGAUCAAACUUACACAUCAUGGCAUCGCCUGCACCCCAAAAAGAAAGCAGAAUUAAUUUCGAUGAUCUCACUAAAGGUGUUUUGCCACCCGGUGCCGACUUCGAACUAAUCAGACAGUCCGACAACGGAAAACUUGAAGAAGUUUCCAAAAUACCAAGCACUAUUCAAAAUAAAAAGAAAGUCACUUUUGUAUUCCUUGAAGAACAGGACGAUGGCUCAUACAAAGUGAAAGGAGUCAAGGCAAACGGACAACAAACUGAAGAAGGUCCUGAAGUGGAAAACAUUUUAAACAAGAUAAAGAAAGGUGAAAUCCAGCUUCCAGGACCAACUAAAAUCUCCAACGCGAUCUUCAGUUCCACUACAUCUAAUCCAGUCACAGAUGCAACAGAUUAUAUAGCAGAGUCAUCACACCACCCUUCAAGUUAUUCCAGCUUUGUCACCACUUCUAACCACGGGACAUCUGGCCAUACAAACCCAAUUAUACACACAACACCUACUCCAUCAUACCGAAGUACCACCCAAGCAACGAGAAAUACUCAACCUGAAACUUACACGCCUACAACUAGAAGUGUAACGACAACGGAGAGAUACAUCGCUAAAUCCACUUCGCCCUCGUUCGUAGGUUCGAGAAACACCUUCAGUCCAUCAACGAGGAACACCUUCCCAAGCUCAACUCAAUCUUACGUCUCGUCCACGCCUUCUUACAGAGGAGGAGACUUGGUCGUCAUAGGAUCAAGCACUAUACCUCCAAGCGUGGAUGAAGGUAGUUCACAUCUUCAAUUCGCCAGGCAGACAAACCCUGGUCUAGUGGAUAUACUGAAAGAAAACGGGUUGUUUGCUACUGCGAAGUAUUUGAAGCAAUCUGGGUUGGACACGAUUCUGAAUGAGACUGGACCUUACACGAUAUUCGCGCCGACGGACAAGGCUUUCAGGACGCUCCUGGUGCAACUUGGAGGCCCUGACCGAGCCGAGGAGAAGUUCCGAGACAACCCAAGACUGCUUAGUGGGCUCCUUCUGCACCACGUGAUCCCCGGAGCGUUCGACAUCGCGUCUCUCCAAGACGAGAUGACUGGCGUGUCUCUCGCCGGCACUCAGCUGAGAGUCAACCAGUAUGACAUGCACGAUGUCGAGUGGAAUGAAGUUCGGGUCACGACUAUCAACGGAGCCAGGGUGUUGGAUGAGAAGAAGGAUAUACAUAUUCCGCAGGGCAUCGCACACGCAGUAGACCGGGUGAUGUUCCCGCUGCCGGUUGGAGACCUGGUGCAGACCUUGCAAGCCGACAGGGACCGGCGAUUCACCACGUUCCUGAAGGCCAUACAUGCUAGCGGAUUCGCGGAUACGCUUUCCGAGAGCAAAACCUACACCGUAUUCGCGCCCACCGACGCUGCCUUCGCCCGGGUCUCUCCUGCCGAGCUGGCUCGCUACUCAGAGAAAAGCGCUGCUAAGGCGCUAGUAGCGCGGCACGUGUUACCGGGGACGCUAUACAGUGCUGGCAUGCGGUAUUAUCAGCUCAGGAACUCCAUGGAGGAAGCCACACCGCUCACGCUACAGAAAAAUGCGGGCCGUAUAAAGGUGAACAACGCGCAGGUGAUCACCCACAACAUCCCGGCGACCAACGGCGUCAUUCACGCGGUCGACACCAUCCUGUAGCCGCCAUCUUGAAAACCUGAACUUAUCUGCUCUGUGGCGCGAAAGUAAAAAAAAAAAGACAAUGGGAUUUGGCAAAAGUACGAGUAUUCAUAGAUGGAACCAUUCAUAGGCUUCCGGUGUUUGGACUUGGUUAAAUGUUCUCUCGCUAGCUUCUAAAAAAGAAUUUGACACUAAAUAAUUGUAAGAUUAGCAGGGAAACCUAUAGUUGUGUCUUCUGUAAAUAGAUUCGACCGGCUAGCCCCCAUUGAGUACGCUUGAACCGUAACCUGGACAUGCCACCAUAAAGAGGAAAGCACGAUACCGUUUAAUACAUGUCUCAAUCUCGCACUGGCUGGAGCAACGAAUGUCGUAAUAACUGGUAACGUGCAGCUGGGUUUAGUAAAAACAAACGGUAGGUAGAUAAAGUCGGAUCAAGAUAACUCUACCCAAAGUAUGUCGAGUGUGAGUGUUGCCAUCAGCAAUUCAAUUUUUUUUGAUAAUUAUAGAGGCUCUUCACACUGUCAACUCAAAGUCAGAGAGUUACCUUAGACGGACUGUUUCCAUUCCGUGACUUUUUUCGCAAAAAGUUUCGGAAUGAAAACAACAGUUUCCUGGUAAUUAGUAACAAAUCGGGUUAAUUUGACCUGUUUGCGCCCAGUAACGUGGUUUUAUGAUUGGUGAGUGGUUUGUUAGAAUUACUACAAGAUGGCCGCGACGGCAGGUAAGUAGGGUUCCCGCCAAAUUAGCUUCAGUGAAGCUUAAACUUGCUCUUGAUUUAAAUGCUCAUCUCUUGUCUAUGUCUCACGAAGUCUGUCUGCUAAACUCAGGCAGUAAGAACCAGACUACUCAAUUGAACUAUAGGUACCUAUGUACCUUUCUUGUGCGUAUUUUUAUGUGAAAUUAGAGUCUUGGGCCAAACUAUACAUAUAAUUUAAGUGAAAACUUGCCUAAUAUAUGUAUAAUAUGUAAUAUGGGGUAUGUUCCAAAUUGUAAUAAAUUUAAAACAAAUAAAAAUAAUAUGACUAUUGGCAUAAUACGCUCAAUGUCAAGCGUCAUAUAUUUUGAUUUUUUUUUAAACGUGAGUCCAUAGACAUCAUAGAUGAGCUAAGAGGCUUUUUCGAGAAUGAAUACCGAAAGUAAUUAUUAGUGAAGUCCUGUUUACAAUUCCAGUAAUAUCUUACCCAGUAAUUUUCUUACAAAGUAUUAAAUAAUAUAAAUUAAGAUUAACGUUUGAAAACUGUUUGAAACAGUGGGCAAGUAUUAGAACAAAAGCAUUUAAAUUCUAACUUCCGGUAUGUUCAGCCCAUAUUCGAAUUACUUUAAGACUGUAAAUAUAACUAGAAUAAGGCAAUAAUUUAUAAACAUGCGUUAAUGUUUUUGUAAAUAAAAUCCAUAACUUAAAA